AUGAGUCUGUUCAACACGUCGUACCUGAUGGGCAACGACACGACGGGAGGAUGGGGUCCCAGGUACUUUUUCACGUUCUACUCGGAGUUCGGCGACGAGCAGGCCGAGUCGGCCGUGGAGGUUACCGUGUUCAUGGUAAUAUUCGCCGCGUCCGUCGUGGCCAACGUGUCCAUCGCCUGGGCCGUGCUCAGGUACCGGGAAAUGCGUACCGUCACCAACUGCUUCCUACUCAACCUCACCAUGGCCGACCUGUUGUUCGCCAUCACUACGCCGGCGCUGGCUUACGUCCGUGUCCGGCCCGACUGGCCGUUCGGGGAUUUCGUCUGUCGACUGUUGCCCUACUCGCAGUUUGUAUGCGGUUUUGUGCUACUAUGGACUCUGACACUGAUCAGCAUGGACCGGCACCGGUGCAUCGUCGUACCGCCAUACCGGUCGCAGCUGACGCCCCGCCGUGCUACCGUGCUCACCGUUCUCACGUGGCUGAUCGCCCUGGCCGUGUUCAUGCCCGUGCCGUUCUGGUUCCACGAGCAGGCCGUGCUGGGUGACACCGCGGUCAAAGUGUGCACACUGGUGUUCCCCAAGAACGACACGUUCAAAAUGUCCAUCGUGUUCACCGUGUCCGUGGUGUCGCUGUCCUGCAUCCUGCCUCUGUCGCUGUUCGUCUACCACUACCAGAGGAUAUUCCACAAGUUAAACAAGACCCGACGGCGGAUCGAGCACUCCGUCUCGCACCGGUCCACCGCCGUCCACACCACGUCGCGGAACAGCCUGUCACCUCCCGCCAACGGUUCCAUACCGCAGGUGUUGGUGCGGCACGAGGAGCUCCGGUACAGGAAACACGUGCGCGUGGUGCGCGUGCUGCUGAUCAACGUGAUCGUGGUGCUGGUGAUGUGGCUGCCGAUCACCGUCGUGAUGUGCCUGAUCUACGUGGACGGCAGCCGGGACACGGAGGACACGGGCUACUUCCUGCGGUCGCACCACUUCAUCAUGGGCCUGCUGUUCGCGCUGCUCAACACGGUCGUCAACCCGAUCCUGUACGGCGUGCUGUCCGAGAACUUCCGCAAGUGCUUCGCCCGGCUGUGGUUCAUAUCGAAGCGCCGGCGGGCCAUGCACAGGGAACUGCUGGACAACGCCAGCAAGGGCGCCCGGACUCCCAGCAACGGCCACUACAACUCGACACUGCAGCCGGGCAGUUCGGCGUCCGUGGUCGAGCUGCCGGCCACCGCGGUCGCGUCGUCGUCCGCCACCAACGAGUGUUGGUGA